GCGGGCGAUGCUCGCUGACGGUGCCGGCUCCCCGGCAGCGGCGGAUGCGCGGGUCUGACUCCGCCGUGCGGCCCCCGCCGCUGGCGCUCGGCCGUCGGGGGGGCGCGGGGGGAGCCGGCCCCUGCGCGGGGCGGUAGGACGGUGCGCCGGCCCCUCCCCGCCGGUGAAGAGAUGCCCAACUUUCCCCUUCCUCCCCGCCGGCGCGGAGCGGGGCUCGGAGCGCGGAGCCGGGCGGGCGGCGGCGGGGCUGGAGCUCGGCGCAGCGGGCAGCGGGGGGGUCCCGCCGCCGCCCCCCGCCCGGCCCCGCGCUGAGCCCCGCCGGGGCUGGAGAAGCGCGGCCGCCGCCGUCGCCCCCCCCCCCCCCCGCCGGGGCCGGUCCUCGCCUCGCCGAGAUGCCCGGGAAGGUGCUGCUGCUCUGCCUGGCCCUCGGGCCGGUCCUGCGAGCCAGGUGUGAGAGCACAGAGGAAUAUGAUUAUGAUUACCUCAGCAUCAAUAAAACCUGGGUCCUCACCCCCAAGGCACAGGAGACUGAUGCCACACAGAUCCUCAACUCGCUGCUGAAGAACUAUGACAACAAGCUGAGGCCUGACAUUGGCAUCAAGCCCACCUUUAUCGAUGUGGAUAUCUACGUGAACAGCAUCGGGCCGGUGUCUGUCAUCCAGAUGGAAUACACCAUUGACAUCUUCUUUGCUCAGACAUGGUAUGACCGACGUCUUCGCUUCAACAGCACCCUGAAGGCCCUCACUCUCAACACCAACAUGGUGAGCCGCAUCUGGAUCCCAGACACCUUUUUUAGGAACUCCAAGCGGGCUGAUUCCCACUGGAUAACCACUCCUAAUCAGCUCCUUCGCAUCUGGAAUGACGGAAAAGUGCUCUACACGCUCAGGUUGACAAUCGAGGCUGAAUGUCUGCUCCAGCUGCAGAAUUUCCCAAUGGACACUCACUCCUGCCCUUUGGUUUUUUCCAGUUAUGGAUACCCACGUGAGGAGAUCGUCUAUCGCUGGAGGCGCUACUCCAUUGAGGUCUCUGACCAGCGCACUUGGAGGCUCUACCAGUUUGACUUCACUGGCCUGAGGAACACCUCAGAAGUUCUCAGGACUGGGGCAGGGGAGUAUAUGGUGAUGACAGUUUCUUUUGACCUGAGUAGACGUAUGGGUUACUUUGCCAUUCAGACCUACAUUCCCUGCAUCCUGACUGUUGUUCUUUCCUGGGUUUCCUUCUGGAUCAAGAGAGACUCUACACCAGCCAGGACAUCUCUGGGUAUCACAACUGUGUUGACAAUGACCACCCUGAGUACCAUUUCCCGCAAGCACCUUCCCCGUGUUUCCUACAUCACAGCCAUGGACCUCUUUGUCUCUGUGUGCUUCAUCUUCGUCUUUGCAGCUCUCAUGGAGUAUGCUACACUCAACUACCUGGUGGGAAACAAGAAACCAGUUGAGCACAACAACAGGAAAGCCAGGCUGCCACCUACCUGUGCACAGGUGAUGCCAUCCUUUACCACCAUCAACAUCAACAACAUCAUGCACUGGCCUGCAGAGAUCGAAGAUGAUGAGGAUGAAGACCCUGGUUCCCCAUGCUUGGAGGGAAAGGAAUGUGAGAGGUUCUUCUGCUGCAUUGAGGACUGUCAGACAGGAAUGUGGCGGGAGGGGAGGGUUCGUAUUCACAUCUCCCGCCUGGACUCCUACUCUCGUGUAUUUUUCCCCACCGCCUUCCUGCUCUUCAACAUUGUCUACUGGAUUGCCUAUCUCUAUCUCUAGCUGUUCUUUGUCGUCAGCUGGAAUGGACUGGAGACCAGCAAGAUGGGCUUCUCAAGGAGCAUAGAGAACAUCUCUUCCAUUGUAGUAGAUUGUCAGUCUGAACAAUCCAACCUGGUGAUUCCCUCUUCCUGCUCUCAUCUCUUCUGAGAAGAACAGACAGCAUUUUUUUAGCCUUCUAACAUAUGUUUUUAGAGAAUCUACCCUUCCCCAAGAACCCUUUCUCCAGCACCACCAGCAUUUUACUCCUUGUAAAAUUGCCCCCCAAACAUCCUGUUCCCAUGUCAAAAAAUAGGGAUUUUGUCAAAAGCAAAACCCUUAAUUUGUUUAAUUUUCCCAUCCAACCCAUGGGAAGUGAUGGUAAAUGGAGUUUUCUGUAUUGUUAUUAAGACUGCAAAGGAAAUAAAAUAGAUCUUACAGCUUCUGCACCACUUCCUCCAGAGCAGACUUUGUGAAGCUUGGGAAGGUCAGAAGGAAAGAAGUGUCUAAGAAGGCAGCAGUACAGCUUUUCCACAGUGGCUGAGCUUGGCUAAAAUGUUUUGAACCUGCCCAGAAAGCUGACGGUGACACUUACGUGGAUGGAGCGGCUGCAAGCCUCCCCGUAGAGUGUCGCAUUCCUUAUGGAUCACUCCACUUGUUGUACCAAGUGGCACCCAAGGCAUCCACCCACGGAGGAGCUGCUGAUUCUCAUCAGAUGGUGGUAAAAAGCGCUUCACAAGUUUGAAGGGCCCAUCUGCCUUACUGGUGGAGCAGACUCUUCGUGGCACAGAGUGACAUUCUGCUUUGUGAUCAGGACUCUGAGCACGCUAUGCAGCUUACCUUGGGCAGAGCCAGAAGAGGGAGAAAGUCCUUAUGCUAAAAAGACCAGAACUAGUCUUGUGAGUCUGUUGUGAGGUAGCUUUCUUUGGCCUGUUUCAUGUGAACUAGGCCUUAUUGCACCAUGUGUCAUAGAAGGGCAGUGCUCUCCUUCACAACAACACUGGUUGAAACCAUCAGAUCCCUGCUUGGUAGUAGCUGCUAACCUGAGAAAGGGGUAAUAGAAAAGAGAAUCUGAUCUGCUACCAGUACUGCACCUACCAGUGGUGGGGAGAGAGCGUUCCUGCAGCUCCAAUGUGUUUUCUUAUGUCUGUUUUGGUUUUUCCAUAAUUACAUAAAAAAAGAGACCACUAAACUGAAUGGCUCUUCCCAGACACAUCAAUACUUGGCCAUUUUCUUUCUAAAAUCAGGAACUGGAGCAAGUCACCCUGGUAGAUUUCAGGAAGGUCAUAGUGAGAUGGUUCCUUAUGGUCCAUCAUGAAGGGAUAGAGAAAUGUGUAACACUAUCUCAACUGGGAAGAAACUGCAUAAUGUAAAAGAGGAAACUCAGGCCCAAGGUCCAUAAUGUGUAAAUCGGCUCCCCCCCCAUUUAUAGCAACUGCUGAUGUGGGCCACAGCAUGACCGAGAAGCAAUGUGCCAUUAAUAGUUAGUGUGUAAAUUACAAACAAAACACCCUUUUUAAAACCAUCAGGCUUUAGAAACGACUAGUACUUCAAAGGCUUGCCACAGGAAGAAAGCCAGCAUGGCUGCAGAGACAAAGUUAGGAAGGGCUGGCUCACUGCACAGCUAACAGAGGCAGCAGGUUUUACAUGUUCUUAGAGAGCAAUUUGAUCUGGUUUAAAGAUGCAUUUUGACACUGUUAAAUGCGAGCUGGAUAAUGAAGUGUCAUGUUUAAUUCAUUCAUAAAUACAGCCUUACCUUAGUUCCAGAAGAACAGGUAGAGCACCUAAUUAAGUAUACAGUAGUACAGCACUCUGCUAAGUAUAACCUAAUGGGGUCAGACCAGCAUAGCUCUGGAAGGGGAAACUGUGCCUGUCUAACCUGUUACAGUUCUUCUUUUAAAAUACCAAGAAAGAGACAAAGGUUAUCCAGAAGGAUAAUUUACUUAGCUGCUCCGACAGCUUUUGAAAGGAUGAGAAGGAAUUAUGGCGGGUGGUUCUAACUAAGGAAAUUGAUUUAGCAAAAGAAUUAUUAAGGAGGUUCUAAUUAGAGGAAAUUAACUGAGGAGAGGGGGAAAAAGAAUUGUUAAGGCGGCUCUAAUUAGAGGAAAUUAAUGUUUUAGAGAGAAAGACACAGAGAGGGAGAAGUCUAAGAAAAGAAUCAAAACCACUUCCAGACAAGAAGAGCUGCUGGGUGACAGCGCCGACUCCCAGCCAAGCGGGUUGAUGUUCUGCUCCUGAUAGCAAAGCUCUAUUAGAUGUAGCAACAGAAAAGCCUCCUAUGACUCAACCAGACACCAACAGAGAGCUGGAUUAAACAGGGUCCUGUGAUCUCUGCAGGGAGCCAAAAGGAAAGAGCAUCCUAGAUUAAAACUGGCUCACGUGACAGAUGCUGAGUGAAGCGAGUCUUCACAUGUCAGAAGGCAGCUGGUAGCAUGUGUGUGGGACUUGGCACCCUGGUGGCAAACCAGGGCCUGUGCCAAAUACAGUCAUUAACAGAAUGGUGGCAUAAAAGGUGUGCAGGCAAUGCAGGCUGCAGAGCACAGGCAGCAAAAGGUGGAACGGGAGCAGCUGAGAAAGGGAUGAAGGAAGGGAAAAUUUAACAUCCAUGUGCAAAGGAGUCCAAACAUCUGCAAUUCACUGUAGCUCUGAAGCACUUGAGAAGCUUGAAGGACACAGAUGAUCAUCAUGGGGACCAGAGGACAGACUUCAGCAGCUUGUUGAAAUUAGGUCUUUUAGAGAAUCAGCCAGGAGAGAAGCAGGUUGUACAAGAGCCCUAAAAGGAUGAUGGGGACUUGGGCAAAGUAGACUUGAAAAAUCAUAAGAUUUCACCAAAAAAAAAGAUAAAGCCAACACACACCAAGGUAAUUUAACCAAUGGUGGAGGAUUUGACAGAGGAAAAUAGUGUAGUGUGGGUGGGAGCACAAGGAAGCUGAUUACUAAGCCUGGGGAAGGAGGAGGGAGGGGGCUUUAUGGCUUAGGGAAAUCUGUGCCCAUCAUAAAUAGCUCAAUAAAUAAAGGCAUGCACAAAUCCAUCAUGGUUUUAAGUUUCUACAGUAUCUCAAAAAAAGGAAAGUUAAGAAAAGCCAGAAAGAAAAAUCCACCAUUUUGGGGGGAAUUACUUUGCGAAGUCCAGGCUCCUCAGAAAAAGGUUUCCCUGCUUAUAGCAGGGAAUCCAGGGUACAGAGACAUCCAGUAGCGGUGUGUGGCCCUGCACAGCAGGGCAGUGGGAGCUGAGCCCAUUGAUCCCCUCCUAGACCAGCACAGACCACUUGCCUUUCCCAACAUGUUGUCUUUUCUGCCAUCACACUGGAGUGGGUUGUGGACCUAUUUCAGAUAUGACAAGUUCCCUUGCUGGUGGCCAGAGAGUGCCUGAUGCUGGCUAUCGUGGCUGAUCCUGUAGCAGAAGAACACACAUCCCAAGUAAGUUAGUGAACUUUGCUGUGUGGUCAGUUCCACUUCUUGCUGGACAAUCAUCUCUACAGCUUCCAGGAUGAAGUGGAUAAUGAACUCAUCUGCCACAUCUGCCUUUAGGCUCUGCUAUGGACACCCCCUUGGACAUACGCACUGUUUCAAAUGCCUUGAAAACUUCAUGCAGGAGUAUAAUUUUUUUCCUGCAGAUUGGAAAAAUCUCUUUCCAGCUUUCUAGUAUGAAUCCUGUUGGAUAAGCUGAUUGUCUUCUGUCCUUUCGAGGCAGAGUGUCAGUCAAUGAAGAGGUGUGAACUAGAAGCUCAAGUGCAGAAGAAUUAGUUGUCCUGGUUUCAAGAAAUACAAAUCUGAAUGACAGUGGAAAAAGAAUCCCAUUUCCAAAGGGAAUAAACACCCCUUACCAAGAUGGAGACAAACGCACCCAAAGAUCCAGAGGUACCAAGUGAAGGAUCAUCACUUGUGGCAGAAAAUUGCAGAGCCUGGACUGGUUAAUCUAGCUUUUAAGGAGACUGAAGAAGACCUUCCCCAGAGAGGAUGGAUCUGGACAGGCUGGAUCAAUAGGGGAGGCCAAUUGCAUGAGAUUCAACAAGGCAAAGCGCUGGGUCCUGCUCUUGGAUCGCAACAACCCCAUGCAAGGCUACAGGCUUGGGGCAGCAUGCCUGGAAAGGUGCUCAGUGCAAAAGGACCUGGGGGUGUUUGUCAGCCACCAGCUGAACAUGAGCCAGCCUGUGCCCAGGUGGCCAAGAAGCCACCAGCAUCCUGGCCUGUAUCAGCACCAGUGUGGCAGCAGGGCCAGGGCAGUGACUGUGCCCCUGCACUGGGCACUGGUGAGGCUGCACCUCGAAUCCUGUGUUCAGUUCUGGGCCCCUCACUGCAAGAGAGACACUGAGGUGCUGGAGUGGGGCCAGGGGAGAUCAAAGAAGCUGAUGAAGUGUCUGGAGCACAAGCCUUAUGAGGAGCAGCUGAGGGACCUGGGGGUGUAUAGUCUGGAGAAAAGGAGGCUGAGGGAAGACCUUAUUGCUCUCUACAAUUGCCUGAAAGGAGGAUGUUGCAACAGGACAAGAGGAAAUGGCCUCAAGUUGUGCCAGGGGAGGUUUAAAUUAGAUAUUUGGAAAAAUUUCUUCACUAAAGGGUUAUGAAGCCCUGGAACAGCCAGCCCAGGGCAGUGGCUGAAUUACCAUUCCUGGAGGUAUCUAAAAGACGUGUAGAUGGGGCACUUGGGGUGGUGGUUUAGUGGUGAAUUUGACAGUGUUUGGUUUACAGUUGGACUGGAUGAUCUUAAGGGUCUUUUCUAACCUAAAUGAUUCAAUGAUUACAUCUAGGUAAUGAUGGGGACUGGAAAUUAUGACUUCAGCAUUUAUGUUUUAUAGGGUUUUUUUGGAAGAUGCAAGAAAGUCAGGAAAAAGGUUGAUUUCUCAUUUCUUUGUCUCCAAUUCCUAUCUUCCCCCCCCAGAUUAUGCUGUGUAAGGGACCAUUUUUAGACUGUAUGCUCUUCAGGGCAGGGUCUCUCUUAUUGUGCGUUUGUACAGGGACUAGUACACUAGGGGUUGAUCCUUAACUGCGAUUUCUGGAUGCUACUUAUAGAUAAUAAACAACAGUAUGGACUA